AUGGCUAGCAUCCUGGAGACAUUCCCCAACCUGAAGCAUCAAGAAGUUAUGAUGGCUGCUGGUAUUGUGAUUGCAGCAUCUUUUCUUUUGUACCAAGCGUAUGCAAGACUAUUCUACUCAAAGAUUGAGAAAGACAAGAAGCCGUUGCCCAAAGCCAACAAGGGCAUCUUGGAAACGUUGAGGAUGUGGGCCGGUCCUAAGGCUCCAUUUCACUUUCUGGAGAUGGCGAAGGAAUUGGAUUCCUUUAUCUAUGAGCUGAACAUACCAAUACCUGGCCACCCCAAAGCAGUCGUCGUCUCCGAGCCAGAGGAUGCCAGGGAUAUUCUGAACGAUCGUCUCACCGACAAACCACUUGCAUUGUAUGGAAAGUUGCUUGAAUUUUCUCCCACCAAAGAUAAAGUUAUCUUUGGAAUGCAAGCAGAUGCAGAGUGGCAUCGUAGAAGAAAAGGAACAGCACCCGCCUUUUCUCAGAAGCACGUCCGAAGAAUGACUGAAGUCGCCGUGAAACAUACUGAGAAAUGGCUCGAUGAGUAUCUAUCUCCCCUGGUAGAAAAGCAUCAGUCGUUCGAUGUUGCGAACCAAAUGAUGAAGCUUUUGUUGAAAGCCUUCUGCGAAACUGCAUUGGAGUACGACAUUUCGAAUGAAGACAUCGACACCUUCAUUAUUGAAUGGGAUCUGAUUACGAGGGAAUACAUUCUCAAAUCAACAGCCAACCCUUUUCGGAAAUACUUCACGGCAAUUCUACCCGAGCGUCGUCGUGCGAAACAAGCAACUCAUGCUGUCCAUGCAAUCUUCCAUAAGGUUAUCAAGAACUACCGAGCCCUCGAGUCACCACUUGAAGGGACAGUCAUUGAUCUCAUCAUGAAGAACCCGACCUUCAAGACCGAUGAUGAACUAGCUUCUGAAAUUUUUGCUUACAUUGUGGCAGGUCAUGAUACUACCGCCAUGAGUAUCACUUGGACUCUUUUGGAACUGGGAAAGCAUCCCGAAGAGCAACGUUCUCUUCGCGAAGCAUUCUCCAAGGUAGAAUCAGAAGAAUGGAGCAACUCGGAGCUAUUGAAGAAUGUAGUGCGAGAAGGAAUGCGCUUGCACCCCGUGGCAGCUAUCACUGUGUCCAGAACGAUUGGCCGAGACAUGACAACGAAGAAAGGCAACUAUUUCUUGCCGAAAGGCACAUUUGUCCUUUUGCCAUUCUAUAACAUUUUUCACAAUGAUGGCGUCUUUGAGGAUGCUGAAACCUUUCGGCCAUCGCGUUGGGAGAACCCGACGGAGCUGAUGAAGGCCGCUUUCAUGCCUUUUGCUGCGGGCAAGCAAGGCUGCAUUGGCCGAAUGUUGGCACACAUUGUCCUUCACACUGUUCUUGCACGUUUGAUCCAAAAAUACGAUUUCUCGGUCGAAGAAGAAGGGUAUGCUGAAUUCAAUCUCAUUUUGAAUUCUGUGGGACUUCGCAUGAAGGCAACGAGAGCGAGGGAGUAG